AUCUGCCACUGCAUCAACACAGGUUAACACACCUGAAAUCACAGUGGGAUAAUGGGUAUGCGUAUAGAUAUAAAGGUAAUGCGAAUAUGAAUACUAUAAUACGUUUCGAGUCGCUUCCGCUCUUACAACGCCUCCUGAUUCAUUGCUUGCUCCCAUCACGACAUCAAUCAACACUAACACCUUGCCACAUCUUUCACCUCAUCCAGCGUAAGCUCCUCUCACGUUCCGAACGUGUCAAGAGCGUCGACUUCCAUCCCACCGAAACUUGGGUUCUUGCUAGUUUAUACAACGGCAAAGUCUUAAUAUGGAACUAUGAGACCCAGGCUCUCGUCAAAACGUUUGAAGUCGCAGAUGUUCCAGUUCGUGCUGCAAAGUUCAUUGCCCGAAAGAACUGGAUCGUCACCGGCUCCGAUGAUUCACAGAUCAGAGUAUUCAACUAUAACACUCACGAAAAGGUUGCCAGCUUUGAAGGCCAUCCUGAUUACAUUAGAUGUCUUGCCGUCCACCCUACGCAACCAUUUGUUUUGUCCGGUUCAGACGACAUGACGAUUCGUCUAUGGGAUUGGGAGAAGGGAUGGAAAAUGACUCAGGUCUUUGAAGGCCAUACCCAUUUUGUCAUGAACAUGACCUUCAACCCUAAGGACUCCAAUACAUUUGCAUCGGCUGGUCUUGAUCGUACCAUUAAAGUAUGGUCAUUGGGCUCACCUGUUCCUAAUUUCACUUUGGAAGGUCACGAAAAGGGUGUCAACUAUGUCGACUAUUAUCAUGGUGGAGAUAAGCCAUACAUCGUAUCAUGCGCUGAUGACAACACCGUUAAGAUUUGGGACUACCAAAACAAGAACUGCGUACAGACUUUGGAUGGCCACUCCAAUAAUGUCAGCUUCGCUUCUUUCCACCCUGAGCUACCUAUCAUCAUUUCUGGCUCUGAGGAUGGCACCAUCAAGAUUUGGCACUCUGAUACAUACCGUUUGGAAAACACUCUCAACUAUGGUCUAGAGAGAGCCUGGACUAUUGCUUACCGAAGAGGUAGCAAUAACGUUGCUUUUGGUUUUGAUGAAGGAACUGUUGUGAUCAAGUUAGGUCGUGAAGAACCUGCUGUCUCAAUGGACAACUCUGGCAAAAUCAUCUGGGCUAAGCAUUCUGAAAUUCAGUUCGCCAAUAUUAAGACUGGUGUUGAUGAUAAUGUCAAGGAUGGAGAACGUCUAGCUGUGCCCAUCAAGGAUUUAGGAAGCUGUGAGAUUUACCCUCAGACGUUGCAGCAUUCACCUAACGGACGUUUCGCUGUUGUUUGUGGUGAUGGUGAAUACAUUAUCUAUACUGCCUUGUCAUGGCGUAACAAGACUUUCGGCAAUGGUCUAGAUUUUGUUUGGGCUUCAGACUCCAAUAUAUACGCUGUUCGAGAAAGCACAUCACGCGUCAAGAUUUUCAAAAAUUUCAAAGAGAGAUCUGGUCUUCUACCAAAGUUGAACUACUCUGCAGAAGGCAUUCAUGGAGGUACCUUGCUCUGUGUCAGAGCUGGUGGAUUCUUGACUUUCUACGAUUGGGAGACCGGCAUGCCUGUGCGCCGCAUUGAAGCCGAAGCAAAGAAUGUCUACUGGUCAGAAACUGGAGAACUGUUGACCAUUGUUUGUGAAGAGUCUUUCUAUAUUCUCAAGUUUGACCGACAAUCAUACCUGCAAGCUGUCGAAAGCGGCCAGCCAAUAGGCGAAGAAGGUGUUGACGAAGCCAUUGAGUUGGUGACAGAAAUUACUUCUAGUGUUAAAACUGCUAUUUGGGUUGGCGACUGCUUCAUCUAUACCGACGGCAGCAACCGACUAAACUAUCUUGUUGGCGAAGAAACAUACACCAUCAGCCAUUUUGAUACAAACAUGUAUCUCCUAUCCUACUCACCAAGGGAGAGCAAGAUAUACCUUUGCGACAGAGAUGUUAACCUUUACGCUUGGUCACUGUCAUUGACAGUCAUCGAAUAUCAAACCGCCAUUCUCCGCGGCGAUCUUGAUACCGCUGAAGAAGUUUUGCCAACUAUUCCUUUAGAUCAACGCAAUCGCAUAGCACGCUUCUUAGAGUCUCAAGAUCUCAAGGAGCUGGCCAUGAAUGUUACUGAAGAUGUUGAACACAGAUUCGAUCUUGCUAUUCAAUUGGACAAGCUUGAUAUCGCCGUCGACAUUGCUCGUAAGGUGGACACAGAAGUCAAGUGGAAGACUGUAGGAGACUUUGCUAUGGUCGCUUGGAAACUCAGUUUGGCAGAAGAAUGCCUUGAGCGUGCAAAUGACUUGAGCGGGCUUUUGCUACUACACACAUCCGGUGGCAAUACCGCUGGUGUCCGAAAAGUUGCAGAUCUUGCUCUCGCCAAGGGAAAGAACAACAUCGCUUUCUCUGCUUUGUUGCAGCUUGGAGCAACUCAGGAGGCAAUUGACUUGCUUAUCAAUACUGAUCGUAUUCCAGAGGCCGCCAUGUUUGCAAGAACCUACAUGCCAAGCGAAACUAGCCGGGUUGUUAAGCUUUGGAAGCAAGAAUUAGACAAGAACAAUCGGCCCAAGGUUGCUGAAAGUUUAGCUGAUCCUGAGAACUACCCCAAUCUUUUCCCUGAACUUCAUGUUGUCAACGGCCAACCUCCCGUUGAAGAAGCACCAGAAGUAGAUGAUUUCGAAGACACUGUAGAACAAGUGAAUGAAGAAGAACUUGCACAGGAAGACGACGUUGCAUUAGAAGAUGAAGAAAGCCCAGUUGAAUGAAAGCGGCGGUAUCUUUUUUAAUUACUUUUGUUCACAGAUUAUACAAUAAAAACAAAUAAAAUUUUUCAAAAAUUGC